AUGAAACAUGUUUUGGGGUCAAGAAAAGGCGACAAAGUUAAGGAACUUGAUCAAAUUAGAAAUUAUCUUUCUGUAUAUGGUUUUUACCGUCUCUCCAAGGCCGGUCGAUACCAAAUGAGUCGUUUGACAGGGCAUGACUUCAAUGUUUUUGAUCGAGACAUGGAAAAAACAAUUAAGAGAGAUAUUUCGGGAAUUUUAAACGAGAAAACUCUGUCACUAUCACUAACAGCGAAUCCUCGUUAUGACUCCACUUCCAUCAAACACAAGGUAAAGUUAGUUCGGAAUCCCUUUAAAGGUGGUUCGUUCUACGUGCUUGGAGCGACAAGGUUUUCGAAACUCAACCUAACAUGGGCCGUACCACCCACAACGCUGCCACACGUUCUUAAUGCCACUGAAUCUGCAUUCCGCAGUUGGAAAGCUGCCGUGCCAACGUUCAAUUUUGAUAGAAGUAAUGACUUUCACGGAGCCGAUAUUCAAAUAAACUUUGUUAGGGGCGACCAUGGAGAUGGUUUCCCAUUCGAAGGAAGACAAGGAACUUUCGCUCACGCAUUUCCUCCACCUGUGGGAGUGCUCCAUUUAAACACAGACAUUGCUUGGGUGGUGGGAGCAGUGCCUGGGAAAGUGGACAUUGAAACAGUUGUGUUACAUGAAUUAGGACAUGUCUUUGGUCUUCAACAUAGUAAUGUUUCUUCUGCCGUAAUGUGGGCAACUGGGCAAAGGGGGAUGACCAAGGGCUUGUUUGAUCUUUGGUUAUUAGGUUUUUUCUGGGUUUUGUCCUAA